CACAGACUAUACUAGGCACGCGGGCUGCACUGAUCAACCAAUGAGCUCGUGCACGUCCUUUUCGUCAUCACCACCGCCGUCCGUGUCGGCGCAGUGUCUUGCCUCACGCCUGGCGCGGCGACCAUCCCGUAGUGACCGUCUGCGGGACGGGACGCCACCUGGCGUGGCCACUCUCGGCCAGCUCGGCGCCGCCCCUGUCCGUGGCCGCACGUCGGGGGCCGCUGCGGUGCCGUGCCGUGCUGUGGGCGACGUCUUGCACCGCUGGUCGCCGCGUUGGUAUGCUUGGGCGUCUUCUUGCCCUGCGGGCGGACGAGGAAUGCCGGUGGCAGUGGGGAUGGGAUGGCGCCGCUGGCGACGGCCUUGGCGUACUCCUCGUCCUCGUUUGGUAGUGCGGACACUCAUCUGAAUGAAGCAUACACACACAGGGCCCCACACAGUGAUAGAGAUGGACAUGACAUCCACACCCGCCUGUGGUGUAAGUGAUAGAGUGGGUGGCGCUGACCUCCAUUGCGAAAGCGGCGGGGAUGGAUGGAUGUGCAUCAGCAGCGAGAGGAAGCGAGAGGAAGCGCCGUGCGGCUCCACAUACGUUUGGCUCCUGCUGGCGGCCUUGCCUGAUCCCUUCUGUCACGCCGUCGAGGCCCAUACCGAGAGAGGGGCGCUGAGGGAAGAGAUGCUGGUGCUGGUGGUGGCUGUGAGAGGGGGAGAGCUGUGCGGCGGCCACCGGCGACAGGCAGGUACACCAACAAACAAUGCGCUCAGUCAAAUACUGCAGGGAAGGGACAAACAGACAGACAGACAGAGAGCAAUGGAUGGAUGGAUGGAUGGAUGGAUGUGUGUCAUGUUGGCCUCCCUCUCCCUGCCUCCCUCUCCCUCUCCUCUCUCCCUCUGGAUCUGUCCUCACCUCAGUACAGGGCAAGUGCGAUGUAGGGAAAUCUCGACGCUGAGGCGAAGGACAGCGUGCUGCAGGAAGACACGAUGAGUCAAUCAGCCUGCGCGACAAGGAGAGGGACAAGCAGGCAGUAGGUGAGGUGGCUGUGGGUCUCAGGAGGCCAUGCAGAUACGUACGUUUGUGUGUACAUAAGAAUGGAUCUUUUGAGUGAGGGGAUGGCCGAUGGGUCAGGCAGGCGUCGUCUGUGGGUGUCGCUUAGCAUCGGAACGUCUUCCUCACGCCUGAUCAGGCCCGUCUUCCAAUGGGGGGAGAGGGGCGGGCGUGAAGGAGGGGAAUCUUGCGGUGAAGGAGGGGGAUCUUGCUUUUGGGACACCCAUCUAUCCCCACCUAGAUGCACAACGGCAGAUGGCGCAUCAGCAG